AUGUCGUUGCCACCACCUCCAGGUCUCAAACAACCUGCUUCUCUGCCACCACGGCCCCCAGCCUCUUCGAGCGCGGCAUCGUCAUCCUUCAAGCCCGCCUACUCUGCGGCACCGUCAUACUCGUCUCCCCGCACCACUUAUGGCGCUUCCACCGGCAGUAGCUAUGCGAAACCAGCAGCCUCGCGACCAUUCACAGCGUUUGCGCCUCGUGCCGUAGCCUCGAACCAGCCAUAUCGUACGAGCAGUCCUGCUGUUUCGGCCCCGCCUCAGUCGUCCAGUGCCUACGAGGGCGCUGCGUCGGGCUAUCAGGAGACAUAUCAGAACCAGCAACAGUCAUAUCAAUCCGGAGCAUCAUACUACGGUCAGUCCUCAUACGGCGACAACAACAGCUAUGGCGCAGGGCCAGCUCCUCAUAUAGCCAACCCAUUCCCGUUACCCGGCCAGGAGCGAAAAGGCUACGGACGCGACAGCGGCGUGGAUCCAGAAACAGAAGCUCAAAUCGCACAAUGGCAGAGCGCAUACAUGGGUAGAGAGGGCGAUGUUGUUGCACAGGCAAAAGCACCAGGCCGAGCCGGCGCGCUUGCGACGGGCGCAAACUCGACCCCUUCGUCGCACAACGUAUCUGCCUCCUCCACACCAACACCCACGGCCGGGAAGGAGGCUGGAGCAAAAACAGUUUUCAGAUCCGGCGGCGGCCAGACGUGGACUGACAGUACGCUGCUAGAAUGGGACCCAGCGCAUUUCCGUCUCUUUGUGGGUAAUCUUGCUGGCGAGGUUACAGAUGACUCCUUGAAGAAAGCGUUUGCGAAAUAUCCAUCUGUUCAGAAAGCGCGUGUCAUUCGUGAUAAACGGACAGAGAAGAGCAAGGGGUAUGGGUUUGUCAGUUUCAGCGAUGGCGACGACUAUUUCAAGGCUGCUCGAGAGAUGCAGGGGAAAUAUAUCGGCUCGCAUCCGGUUUUGCUAAGACGAGCUAUGACAGAAGUCCGGCCGGCAUCGGUCGACUCACGGGAUAAGAGGGGGAAGAAGGGCAGAAAUCAUGGAGGAAAGGGAGGUGGUGGACAUGGGGGAAGCAAACCAAAGGGCGAUGGGGUGAAGAAACAAGGAUACACGAAGGGUGGACUAAAGAUAUUAGGUUGA